AUGGGGCACCCGGUGGACGCGGCAUGUGCAGAGCUUCGCAGCAUGGCUCUCGAGAGGCAGCAGGACUGGCGGAGACUUGGCUCUAUGCCGCUGCUCGAUGCCCCUGGCGAGAUGGAUCUUCCGCAGCUAGCGAUCCGGGAAGAGUGGCGCUCCUGGCGCGAGAACACGCUGCUGACGGAGAUCUCGAAGCUCCCGGAUGGGCACCGUGUGUUGCUGCAGGCGUUAUUGUGUGACACCCUGGCGGGAUACGAAGAGCUCCAGCCACGCUUUGCGGCCCUGACACCGCCACCGCGAGAGAACGACAGCCUCGCGGCGCGGCUCGUGCGACUGGCUGCCACGGCUCAGGCCGAGACCUCCAGGCUGGUGAAGCCCCAGAAAGGGAACUCCCCGAAGUCUCAGUCGGAUGCUUAUUUGAGCAUGCUCUUGCACCAGAAGCUGACUUUGGCGAGGCAGCAAACACCACCGGUCCCAGCCAUCCCAGCCACACCCACAACGAUGCUUCACACGUGGGAUAGAUGGUAUGCUACUGCGGAGAAGAGCUUCCCGGACGAGGCUCUGCUGAAGCUGCAGCUGCUCAAGCUUCGACAAAGACGCGCAUCGAAGGUGAUCUGCCGGGCCAUGACCCGUGAAAUACAGAAGAGGAAGCUGUGUCAGGAGGAGGUGCGCAUCAAAGCUGCUCUCAAACUGCAGCGCACAUUUCGGAACAUCAUUCUGCCACGACUGCGUCAGCUGCGCGAAACCGUGGACAAGAUCCGGGUUCGAUGUCUUCAGCAACGCUUGCAUCGACGUCUCCAGCGCUUUGUGCGGGCGAGGCGCUUGUCGCGUAACGCACACCGGGCGAGAAACGACUCCCUGCCUGAGCCCAAAUCAUCUGCCUCGGCGCUUCGGAUCCAAGCCUUCUGCCGAGGUCGUUGGAGUCGGAAGGGCUGGAGCUACUGCUGGGAUCCUCCCUUCACCCGCGCAUCUACUUUAGCUGCACGACAGAAGCAAACUUCAUUGGCCUUGCCGUUGCUGACCGCUGCCAUGAAGCGAGAGUUUGCAGAGGUUCGCAGUCGGCGAAGAGACCGAUCGAAUUCUCAGCGACUUCGACGUAGCUGGCUGCCAGCUCUCCAAGCCGAGUUCUCGAUGCUCAGCUCCUGGCAUUUCGAGACCGAGGAUUUUCAGCGCCGCGCCGACUUUGAAGCCCGGAACUUGCGGCGCUUUGAGGCUCAGUGGCAAAGAUAUGCUGCAGGUUUGGAGAACUUUGCUCGUUCCCAUGCCCUGGACCGCUCGAAGAAUCGCGACCAGUGGGUGGCAACGGUGAGUGACGGGAAGGCUGUGUGGCUGAACGAAAGAACAGGGCAGACUCGUCCGAGUGACCCUCUUGAAGCCCGUGUGCGGGGCACCCUGGCACGGGAGCGCAAGAAAGCGGUCGACCGUUUCGAGGAUCAGGCGCAGCAGCGGCGUGCCGUUUGGGAGGAGGAGGACCAGGCUUUGGAGGAGCUCUACGCAGCCGGGCAGCUGGAGCUCCAGGACAUCACACGGAGUUCCUUCGCUUCUGCUUUCGCCUGCAUCCAAAAAGAGGGCUUGCCGCUUGCCUUCGAGAUUGUGGCCUGCCACGACGAUGAAAAGCAGAGUGCAGAGCGACCGUUCGCAGCAACAGCGGCAUCUGUAUGCUCGAUCUGUCUUGCUUCAGCUUGCAGAUAG